AUGUGGCUGUGGGCGUUGCUCCCCAUCUGCCAGGCUGUCUUUGGCACUCUGGGCAUCUGGACUGUGUUCGCUGUUUCUGUAUUAAAUGGAUCAGUGAACCUCACAGAAGGAUUCCCUUACAUCAGUGAGUGUGGAUCGUACAACCCUCAGAGCUGUCUCUUCUCCCAGAUGUGCAACAUCUGCUCUGUUUUAGCCCUGUGGAUCGUCAUCAUCCGUUUCCAGCAGGUGAAGGACUUUGGUAAUCAUGGAAAGGCCAACAUAGCCGGUAUUAUUCUGGGAUUCAUCUCCUCUGUAGGCAUCUCCAUCAUUGGCAACUUCCAGCAAUCGGUCGUAAAGAGCAUUCACCUGCUGGGAGCGUUCCUGGCCUUCUUCCUGGGUCUGGCCUACUUCUGGGUGCAGCUGCUCCUGACCUACAGGGCCGGUCCGUCUCAGGACCGCUGCUGGGUCGGGCCGGUCCGGGCCGCCUGCUGCAGCCUCUGCACCCUGCUGGUCGUCCUGAUGGUGGUUCUCCACAACACCGGUUCUCCCUCGGGGGCUGCGGUGUGUGAGUGGGUUCUGGUCAUGCUGUUCUUCGGUCUGUUCGGCCUUUUCGCAGCUGAGUUCAGACACAUCGACUGCCACCACCUCACUAUCCAGAAACCAUCUCUUGGGAAUGCCUCAGUAGUGGUCAAUAGUUUUGUUGUAGAUGCAUUUCAAACUGAAAACACAAAAGUACAAUAACGUAUAUAAGUGCAUGUGGUUCAAAAACAGCAAUCUUCCGUCAUAAUGUAUUGAAUUCUUUUAUAGAGUAUCUGAUAUUACCAUACCGUAUAUAAUAUAUUUUUCUAUAAACAUAAGAAGUUAAAGUAAGAACGUGCAAUAAAGAUCUGUCAACAUAUAGAUCUGCAUAUGUUGUUUAUCUGUAUAUUUGAAUUUCUAAAGAAAAGCUGCAUUAUAACCUGUAACAAAAUGUUAUGUUAUAUGUUGUCUCAAGUGUUUACAGCAUUUACGUUCCUUUUAGUGUCGUCUAGCCGUUCUUUGAUCGACCUGUGGGCAUUGUCUUUCUACUAUUUUUUUACAGUUACAUAAUUCAUUGUUUGCCCCUUUAGAUAAAAGAAAAGUAAUCAUAUUAAAACUCAUCAGGAUUUCA